CGUCAUUCUAUUCCAUCAUUCGCAACGAAUAACAUACGAUAUCACACUUUGAAACUUACUUCAAAAGUUAUACUUAUCAAGACAAAACCACAAACCGUCAACCAAGAUGUCUGUUAAUAACGAGGACCAUACUACAGAUAUACUGAACGGGGCAUUGAUUGCUGCUGGAACUGUUCUUGGUAUCAUUCUUUGUAUUGGGGCGACAGUGAUCUCUUGCGAAUACUAUAUUCGCCGCAAAACAACUAAACUACCCACGCAAGACCUCGAAGCUCGGACGCAAGCCCGCGAGCAGGCUUCGCAACAACCACCGCCGUCCUACGCCAAUGAUUUCUCAGGAUUUGACUUUUCCAGCAGCCCCUAUUCUGGCUCGCAAGUACCCCUUCAACCUACCGUAUCUGAGCCAGCCCAUCAACCCGUGCAGGAGCCUAAUGGUCGCCCGACUACGCAGAGGCAGCAGACUACUGAUAGUGCGAUGGGUACCCCAGAGCUGCGAAGAAAGCCCGCAUAUACCAACAUAGCCAACGGAGAAAGAGAAAGAUCCCCAAGGUCGCCGCCACUUACACACCCAGAUGAUUUUGAACUCGAAGAGGUCAAUCUCCGUGGUCCCUAA